AUGAAGACUGUGUUCUCAUUCAUGAUCAAGUUCUCGGUCCUAUUCCUGAUCAUCUCCAGGCUCGUGUGCGCUACGCAGGUGUUGAACCCGGCCCUGAGUGUCAUGCUGUUGUACUGCGAGAACGCGGAGGAGUUGCCGCACCCGGGCUGGGAGCAGUGCACGAACUCGAACGGGGUCCUAUUCGUGGACUCAUUCAGGUUCACGAUCGGGCCCCUGGACAAGGCCCUGACCCUGGGCUUGGGCCUAGACCUGUACCUGCACUCGGAGCUGGGGUCGCUUGCGGGCCUAUUCUUGCUCUUCUUGCUACUCUUGCUGCUGUUCUCGCUCAUCAUCCAGUUCGAGGUGGAUCUUGUUGUCGGCCACGCACGGGACCGCGUACAUCUACAGUGCGUUGGUGUUUGUGCAAAGCACAGCCAUAACGACUCCGUGCCCCUCGUCCGGAUCAGGAUCAUGGUCGACUACUGCGUGCCGGUCUGCAACGAGUCGGUGCAUCGUCACGCGUUGAUCUGGUACACCGGCACCAUGUCGGACAACAACGUGAUCGACGGCCUGAUCGGCCUCAAGGUGGAGGACGACGACUCGGACGUGAGCAUACACGGGGAUGGGGCUGAGGUGCAGCUCGACAACACGGACAGGAACACGGAGAUGGCCGAGAACGUGCGCGCGAUGAAGAUGAUGAUGGAGACCAUGAUGAAGCGUAUGGAUAGACUCGAGUCCGAGAUGAAGGUCGUGAAGGCGAGUUCGCACAAGUCCAAGACUAGAGACGCCUUCGCGAUGCCCAACCCAGACGCGCACAGGCACACCGCCUCGCCUAUCUUCAGGUCGAGAGACUCGGAGGUGUCCGUGGCCCAGGACGACGACACGGAGUCGUUCACCAACGUGAGUAGGACCAGGAGCGAGGCCGAGCGCCCGAACCCGGACAGGACCACGAGCAGCUAUAUGACCAAGGUCAUGAGCCCGAGCGUGUUCUUAGGCUCAGGCGGCAACAAGUCCAGGUCCGCACUCUCGAACAGGGGCUACAGCAACAAGGCGGAGGUGUGGGGCGUGUGCUUCGCGUCUCUGAUGCACGCCUGCAUCAACAAGUACAUACAGUUCAGAGGCGAGGUCGGACACGUGAUCGACGGCAUCGUCAUAAUGAGGACCUACUCCAACAUCGUGGAGCUGCUCUACAACAAGAUCAAGUCCUCGGACCUGCCCGCGGUCCAGGCCAGCAGCUCGAACUUCAUGGCGACCUCCUUCUCGAGGAGCAACUCGAACAGCCUCCCAGAGUCGACCGCGAGGGACUGGUUCGACUUGUCCCAGCACCCGGACGGGGCGGAGUGCAUGUCCGUUAUUCAGUCUGUGUUCCAGGGCGCGAAGUUGGUCCCGGAGGCGAUGGUGCACCCGAUCUCGCAGCUGAUACCGCAGAUGCUCUCGCCCGUGAUCAGGAAGACGCCCAACGGCCCGACCUUCUCCAUCGUCAGCACCGCCAAGGUGUCCAUGAGUCCGACCGGGCACGAGAACUUCUGCAAGUACCUGAAGAUGAGUGCGCUCAAGACCUACGUCAGGUACAGGCUCGACGGCGCGAGCGAGGACGACUCCAUCCUUGCCAUGUCGCGGACCCUCAAGGACACGGAGAUGUUCGACGGCAAGAACCUGCACAGGGGCAGGGAGAUCAUCUCCGGCGCGUCCGGGUUUUAG